GAAACAAGAACACAGAAAGAAAGAAAGAACAAGGCAUACAAAUGGCAGCAGAGGUUGGUUUGAGUGUACUAGGAAAGAUCGCAGAGUUGCUGAUUGAGCCAAUUCAACGAGAACUUGGCUAUCUCUUAUGCUUCAACAAUAACUUUCAAGAGCUCCAAACUCAACUAGAAAAACUAAUAGCAAUGAAAAACGAUGUACAAGCAAGGGAAGAUGCAGAAAUAAGGAAGCGGAACACCCUGGGUGAAUCCGUCAAGUUGUGGAUUGUGAAUGCAGACGGAAUAGUUGUAGAAGCAGAGAGCCUUCUCAAUGAGAAGGCCAAGGUUCAGAAAGGGUGUUUCUCCAUCAAAUGGUGUCCUAAUAUAAGUUUGCGCUUUUCUUUAGGCAGGAAGGGGAAGAAGUUAUCUCUCGUUCUCAUCGAGCUUCUUCAAUCCGGUGGUGAGUUGCCACACACGGGUCACGUCUUAACCAUGCCACCCAUAAAUAUGCACGAUUACAAUGGAGAUGCUCGUGAUUUCAACAGCCGAAGUCAGAUUGUGGAAGACAUCAUUGAGAAGUUAAGGGAUGAAAAGACAAUGUUAAUUGGGAUAUGCGGGAUGGGAGGCAUUGGAAAGACUACAUUGGCCAAGCAAGUCCUCCAAAAGGUGGAAAUACCUUGCUUGGAGUUUCUGAAUAUCUUAUUUAUUCCAAAUAUUGAAACUUUGCCUAUAGUGGCUCCAUCCCUAAGAAUCUUGCACAUUGAUAGUUGCGGAAGCUUAAGAUAUGUCUUCUCGGAGAUUUUCUUGAUGAGUAUUUCUCAUCUUGAAAAUUUAUCCAUUAAAAACUGCAAAAUGUUGAAGGGACUAAUAGGAGUGUCGAAGGGUGUAGAAGAGGAGUCGAAAAUAUCAAUUGAAUUCCCCAAUUUGAAGAGAUUGGAUCUCGCAUCCUUAGACAAAUUAACAAGUUUUGUCAUGGACAUUAACAAUUUGGACGUUGAAGAGAAAAAGUCGCAGCAAAAAACACUAUUUGAUCAUGAUGAGGUGAAAAUACUUUGCUUGGAGGUUCUGAAUAUCUCAUCUCUUCUAAAUAUUGAAUCUUUGCACAUCAUGGCUCCAUCCCUAAACAAGUUGGAUAUUGAUGGUUGUGACAGCUUAAGAUACGUCUUCACGGAAAGCUUCUUGAUGAGUAUUUCUCAUCUUGAAAAAUUAUCCAUUAAAAAAUGCAAAAUGUUGAAGGGACUAAUAGGAGUGUCGAAGUGUGUAGAAGAGGAGUCAAAAAAAUCAAUUGAAUUCUCUAAUUUGAAGAGAUUGGAUCUCGCAUCCUUAGACAAAUUAACAAGUUUUGUCAUGGAGAUUAACAAUUUGGACGAUGAAGAGGAAAAGUUGCAGCAAAGAACACUAUUUGAUCAUGAUGAGGUAUCGUUUCCUUGCUUAGAUGUGUUGUAUAUAUUUGAAUUGCCAAAGAUAAAUUAUAUAGUAGGAUGGAAAGAGGGAGGGAGACAGGGUGAAGGACAACAUCAUCAUGCUGAUAAGAUAUUUCAUGUAUUAAGUUCAUUGAUGUUGUAUAAAUUAAGAAAUUUAAUACAUGUGUAUGAAAUCAACCAGCCAGACCUAGGAGUGCUUUUAUUUCAAAACUUGACAUACCUGAGAGUUGGUGGAUGUGGGAAAUUGAGAUAUUUGUUUUCGGAGAAUAUAGGUAGAGUCGCUGCCAAGCACCUUGAUUUUCUAGAAAUCUGUAAAUGUGGGAUGAUGGAAGUGGUGAUGAAGAAUAUUAAGGAGGAAUUAAUAAUUGAGGAUCAUGAUGAUGAUGAUGAUAAAGCUGGAGGAAGUAAUUUUCCACUCCUUGAGACAUUGUACCUCGGGGAACUAUCAGGUUUGAGGAGCUUUAGUGAGGUUGCUUAUACUUGGGCCUUGCCAUUACUAAGAAACCUAGCAGUGUAUCAAUGCCCCAAGCUAGAGGCACUCUCUCCCGACUAUUUGGAUUCUCCAAUGCUGGACGAUCUCCAAUAUGAUAUUGUUAGAGAAAAAGUAAAUGUAAAGAAUACUUGGAAAGGUGACAUUAACGCUGCAUUGCGUCAUUUAUUUAUCAAGAAAGAAACACAAGAAAAGAGACUAGAUAACAUGAAUGAAGAAGAUGAAGAAUCAGAAGAUUGAGGAAUAUUAAUGAGGAAGGCUGCUUAAUCUGCAACACAUUAUAGUUUUCGUGCCAGAUACCAUCAAAUAAGUUGCAGCUUCGAUCGUGUCUAUUAAAUAAUACUAAUGUCUUUACAUCCUUACAAUUAAUAGCUAGAGACAUAAUCAUCAUAAUUAGUAAUGCUCUCUGCUACAAGAACUUAUAUAAAUAUAUG